AUGGGUCGCUCGAAAGGCCUUAUAUACGCUGAGAGCUUAGGAUGCAGCGUGUCCAAAGGAAUGAUUCUUGUGAGCAUCACCAGCGAGUAUGAGGACCACACCCUCUAUAUAGUGUUUCAGAUACUCCAUGAACCAACAGCGUCCGGCUGGAUGAAAGCUUCAGAGACCAGACACGACUGUCAACACGUUGCACUGGAAAGAAUGGGAUUGCACUUUGUGGCAGUCCAGCUGAACAAUGGCUGGUGCCUGGCAUUCUUGGACCAGACAAACAUCUUGGCCAAAGAACGAUUUGGAAAGGCAAUCCUCUUGCAAGGGUGUCGUAUUUGA